CGAUAUUCGGAUGGCAUACGAUUCGGCUGCGGGUGUACCGCGCAAUGUAUUCACUCUACCAACACCAACCGACAUUACUCUCACUCCUUUUUGGUCAACCAUACGCCAAGAAGAAUGUUUCUUGCUCCAAAAGUACUCAGCUCCGGGCACACCUCUCUUUAAGAGUCUAAUAAGCACCAUAGCUAGUGUGUUUGAUACAAAACAAUCAUCAUAUCGAAUUCUAUUUCAAAGAGAAGUCAAUUGUACUUGUCUGCAGAUAGGUGUUGCCGAAACAGAACAAGCAAUUGAAGCAGCCUGGCUAUGGAUCCAAAAGAAUAUGAUGCCAGAGUUAGAUACAAUCGAUGACUCGUUUCAAAAAGAGGGAUGGGUUGUAGAAAAGAUGAGCAUGGUUGUAACAACCAUAGAUACUGGAACUGAUGAACUAUCAAGCGAUGAAGGUGUCCGGAAUGCUUCCCGAACAUUUCGACAGAUCUUUGAUGUGCCUUCCUCGGAACGUCUUGUUACUUAUUACUCCUGCGCCUACAAUGGCAGACAAGGGUGGCUUUAUAUAAGUGAGAAUUAUCUUGGAUUCUAUUCAUUUUUGCUCGGUAUCGAAGCAAAGACCCUCAUCGAACUAAAGGAAAUCCAAGACAUCGCCAAAGAAAAGACCAAACGAAGCAUGUUUGGUGACAGUCUAAAGAUCAUAACAAAAGACAAGGUCGAGCAUAUCUUCACAACAUUGUUUAAACGAGAUGAGGUCUACGAUCUUUUGGUACAGCUGACCGGGCAAGCCAUGCUGAGGUUGUUGAAAAACACAGGUACAGAUGCACCAGGUGCUUCAAAUACUGUAUUACGUGGUCUACCGGUACCUUCGACCAGCAGUACCAUGUCUCCUCCAAAACCACUUACCCCUAGAAACGAGUCUGGGCAGUUGAUCAGCCCACUCAAGCACGACCUCGCGGCCCAGAAGAGAAACACAAGCUUCUGUCUUCACUUCAGGUUACCGUUAGAAGAGCAGCUGGUAGAUGCUCUGGAGGCCGACUACACCCAGAAGCCGCCGUCGCAUACCCAACAAAGUCACCCUAGAAUCACAUCUACCAACAGAGCCGAAAGGCGAUUAGAAAACAAAUGCCGUGGUCGAAUUUAUCUCUCCGAGACAUUUCUGGCCUAUGAAUCUCAGGAGCGGUUGCCCCACCCACAGCAGCACCAACCAUUCUGCUGGUUUGUAUUGCCGCUUUACACUAUAAAACGUGUCGAUCGUGUGAGUACGGGAUCGUACACAACCUUGUCGGUGAUAACAUGGCACAAAAUGGAACAUAUUUUCGAAUUGGACGCACUCAAGACAGCUUGUGAGAUCUUCUGUAAUGCACUACGAAAUCACCUAAAAAGUCAGACUGGAGUGAUAAAGAAAUUAAAGCAAUUCUUGACUACCUGCGAAUCCGAGCAGCUGGUGUCCACAAAAUCUAACCAGCUUGUAGAUGUGGAUGAUCCAGUCGGCGGGCUAGGAAUGAAAUUUGGCUAUCCAGGAGAUGCUAGGAAGUCAAAAGACCGGAGUAAACUCAACCUGUGGCGUCAAUACUUUGAAGAAAACGGAAGAAACCUGACUAUGAUGAAACUACCGACAUUUGGUAAACUUGUUCGGGUCGGUUUACCCAACAGACUCCGGGGUGAGAUCUGGGAAGCCUGUUCUGGGGCAAUGUACUCGAGGUUUGCCAAUCAGGGACUAUACGAAGAACUCUUAGAAACCUACAAAGGACAGACCUCGGUAUCAACCGACGAAAUCGAAAAAGACUUGAAUCGGUCAUUACCUGAAUAUGCGGGAUAUCAAACUCAGGAAGGAAUCGACCGUCUCAGAAGAGUCUUGACAGCAUACUCAUGGAGAAACCCUGAACUAGGAUACUGUCAAGCAAUGAACAUUGUAACCUCGGCUUUGUUAAUUACUUCCAUGUACGGGGCCAUGCUCGAUCAGAUUGUCUUUGAACAGCUGGUAGAGCAGACCAUGCCAAUAUUGUGGGAUCAUUUCAAAAAGACCGAUGUGCAACUUUCGGUUGCCUGCCUUCCAUGGUUUCUGAGUUUGUAUGUCAAUUCGAUGCCACUCCUUUUCGCAUUCCGUGUACUCGAUUGUCUCUUCGUUGACGGUCCAAAGAUACUAUUUCAAAUUGGUUUAGCUGUUCUAAAACUCAACGGAGAAGAGCUGUUACAGACCAAGGAUGAUAGUGCCUUUUUAGAUAUCCUCAAGAGGUUCUUUACCUCUCUUGACACCCCACUUGAUCCCAAUUCAAAGCACACUAAAGCAAAAAAUCUGACUAAAUUCAAUCAAGUCAUGCUUGUCGCUUACAGAGAAUUCUCCCUAGUUACCGAUGAGCUAGUGACUGAGAAACGAAAACAGAAUCAAUUCAAGGUUAUUGCUGGAAUUGAGUCUUAUACCAAACGUUCGGCUAUCCGACAUCUCAGAGAUAUCGGGGGCUUUAACAAGGAAGACAUUCCAACUAUAUACGACAAGUUCUUUGGUGCUCUUUACUAUGCAAAGCCAAAAGGAGGAAAAGCAGAGACACAUAUGGAUGUUGAGACCUUCCAAAACUUCUUGGCUAGUCUGACAGAUUGGGCAAAGAUGAAGGUGUCGGAUGGUUCUAUAGAUUCUAAUCUGGAUCGUAUGUUGGGAGCAAGCUUUAUUGGUCGUGUCUUCAACCAUUUCAACCACAACAAUAAUUCGGGCAUUAGUUUCCAAGACACUGUACUUGGACUUAGUGAAAUCCUUCACAGUGAUUUAAUGAGUCAGAUAGGUUUGUUCUUCACUCUUUAUGAUGAAGACAAAGAUGGGCUUUUGAAGAACAAAGAUAUUGUAACCAUGGCAAAAGAACUCUUUUGGCUCAUUUGCCACACAAAGGAAGAAACAAUUGCUUGGGACGCUGUCUGUAGUCUAAUAGUCCAUAGCUACGAACAGUCCGAGAUUGCUCAAGGUCAUCAACAGAAUACUGCUAUGCUGGCCCAUCGACUGGCCGAACUGUCCAUGACCGAUCAAUCGGCCAGUCUUCAAGAGCGAGUCGGUCAAUUGAACGGUGUUCUUUCGGAUACUGAGGCUCCAGAUAUCGAGCUAACCUUGCCAUGUUUCCGCAUGGUCGUACUUACAAACGAAGCGCUCGAGAUGUUCUUUGACCAUGGGUUUAUAAACAGCUUUCAGUUGGUCAAAUCAGCCACUGAUCGGCAAAAGAGUCUUGGACGUGAACUAUUCGAGAGUCUAUUUGCCGGAGGACGACAACUUGCAAAAGAAACACCGGCAGCUUAUCGCCCCAGACUCUCACCUAACCCUUCGCCGUCUAGCUCACAAGUCACACUCUCCUCCCAUUCACCCAGUGCCUCGGUCACAAACCUCCGUCUAUCUACAGAUGAAAAGCCAGAUGAAAAGGAUAUGUCGGAUGAAAUUGAUCACCUAUUGACAGAGCUUGGUCACCUCGAUGUAUAGAACUUUUUGUAAUCAUGCUUGAUGUUCUGUCUUGCUAUUAUUUUUAUUAUUUUUAUUAUUGUUGUUGUUGUUACUAUCAUUUUAUCAUUUUAUCAUUUUUUUAUUACAAGGAAACAAGGUCUUCUUUCUU